UAUGAAUAGUAUCGGCCCUGUCUUAUCUGGCUGUUGUGUUCAUGUUUUUUUUGCCUAAUACACAGUCCACGUUUUUACGAAUGCAUUGUUUCAUGUGGAAUUAAAGCCUGCGAAGCCUAGCUGGACCUAGCCUGGCUUCAUUAUCGUGGAUUACACGACCGAUUCUUUUAUAUGUUUAUUUUUGUGUCCUUCUCUGGCAGCAGGCUGGUUUACUGUGUGGAGAGUGAAGCUAAAGCUGCAGCAUGGCCUGAGGUUUGACCUUCCCGGUGACCACAAACGUCUCCUUUAAUCGCCGUAUAGCGCCACCGUGUGGUGUAUUUCAGCCUUACGGCACCGUCUUAUACCGGAAGUAAACCCGUGAGGUCGUCAUGGGGAGUAAAGUCAGCUCCAAAAUGGCAGCGCCCACCGCCCGAGUUAUUCAGGCUGUUCGACCUCACGCUCCUUUGAUUAAGUUCCCCAACAGGCAAGACGUGCCAAGGCCCAAUGUCCAAGAGGUGCUAAAAGUGUUAACUGCCAACUUACCACAACACACUGCGCCCAGUGCAUCUAUAGCUGCAGCGCCGCCUCCUUUAUCAAGACCUUACGCACCUUUGACUUCAGUCGCCAGCACACCAGACACUUUGGCCUCUGUUCAGCUGCUCCCCGCAAGGUACCGCAGGAGACCGCUGACCCUGGAUGAAAUGGACUACAUUCAGCGAGGUGGACCAGAGUGACAGGAAGUGGCUCAGCAACUGCAACCAAAGUCCUUAUCUGUUGGAGAUAAACAUGUCUUUAAUUCUGUUCCUCGGAAGCUAAUGCCAUGAGACCUGAUGUAGAAUAAACUAUUUAAUAAAUCCUG